GGUCAGAGUACUCAAUCGAAUCAUCAUCCGAAUUCUGCUCCACGACACAGCAACAAAAACUUGACCCUUGGACAUGUCCGCCUACUGGAGCGCCGGCCCUGCCAGCAUGCCACCAGCCUAUACGACAUGCAACACCUACGACCCCGACCAGCAGGACGACGACGACAGUCCCGCAUGGCCAUCGCACCAGCUGCAAAUCUACCAGCCCGCAACGCCAUUCCAGCCCAUCCAGUACCGCCAUCGCACCCACAGACGCAAACACCGCCGCCACCGCCCUGCAAAACCCCACCGCCGUCCAGAGCUGACGCACGAGGCGCAGCUGGCAGCCUACACGGCGCACCACCUGAUCCCAGCCCUGCAGGCCUCUCCGCGAUCCGUCUCGGUGCUCAUCAACUACGGCCACGCAGCCAUCCCGGAGUCGGUGCUGACGGGCGACGGCAGCAGCAGCAGCAGCAUCGUGUACAACGCGCCGGGAUGCUCGCUGGCGGUCGUGCCGGCCGAGUCGGCAGUGGAGGACGGCAGGGGCGGCGCGGGCAGUGACGACCACGCCCUGCUGCGGAUUUGUCGGACGUGCGGCGUGUUGAGAGUGGUGGAUGCUUGGGGUGCGUGCCGGGACUGUGGGGUCCGGCGGCCGCUGGAUGAUUCCGGUGCGGACUGGGAAGGGGGGCGAGGAGGUUGGCGGUGGAGAGAGGUGGGCUAUCUCGCUGGGUCUCCUGGGCGGUUCUUGGGCUGGUAG